AUGGGAGUCACAAUAGACCCUUUUCAUCUUUUAUUAGUUAUACUGUUUAGUUCAGUAAUAGCAAGAAAUGAUUUUUACAUCGAAAUUGUGGUAUCACCAAUUGUGAGGUCAGAUAUCAUUGGUGAAAUAAGGCUGAUAUGGGAAUCACGACAGUUCGUACUUGGUGAUCGUGUUGUCCUUUACAGAUCUGGUGAUGUGGUAUUCCAAUACGAACCGCAGGGAUGUAGUGGUUCUAUAGAUACUGGUUCCUUUGUUGGUGAAACAAAUUUCACCCAAUCCUAUACAACAUACUGCACUAUAUUUUCUGGAGCAUAUGUUCAGGACAAUGAGACAAUGGCUUACUCCUGUUUACAAAACUCUCCAACAUGGAUGAAUGAUAUCAGAAAUGAUAUUGAGAACUUGAGCUUAGGUGAUAUUUUCAUACCUGGCACUCAUGAUUCGGCAUCAUAUGUGAUAUCAAAGACAGCAUACUUAGAAAACAUUUUACAGAAAUAUGUUUACACUCAGGAUGUAAGUGUGCUGGAGCAGUUAAUGAUGGGUGUGCGCUACUUGGACUUACGAAUUGGCUUUUACAAUCACACCCUAGGAGAGCCACCAUUCAACUGGUGGUGUAAUCACGACUUCAUGCCAGUACAACCCUUAUCAGGAGUCUUCAAACAGAUAAAGCAGUUUGUGAUCAACACCAAUGAGAUUGUCAUAGUUGACUUUCACCACUUCCCUAUUGGAUUCAAUGACAUUGAAAUUCAUCACAGACUAGUGAAGUACAUUCAAAAGGAACUGGGAGAGCUGCUUCACAAGAGAACUGACAAAGAGUUCGGAGUUAGCUUGAAAAGUAUCUGGAACUCAGGAAGAAGAUUGAUUCUGUCUUACAAUAAGGAUAUUAUAGCAGAUGCCUAUAAACUGUAUCUACCAAUCAAACAGCAAUGGGGAAACAAACAAACCUUUAGUGAAUUAUAUCCCUUCCUCAAUGAGCAAUUCGAAAGGUGUGAGAGAGAUAAAAAACAGAUGUGGGCAGCAAUGGCUGAGUUGACACCCUCAACACUAGGAGUCCUCACAGACUGGUACGGAGGGCUCAGAAACCUCGCAAACCGAAUCAAUACCAAUCUGACACUAUCCUUCAGGUCAUGCAGAAAGUGGGCAACCUGUUCGAAUAUUGUUGCUGUUGACUUCUUCAGAAGUACUGGCCUUGUCAAUGCUGCCAUCAAGCUCAACAGGGAACGAGCUAAAGCUUGGAAUGGAACCACGGCAGUGCAUGGAUAA